CCAAUUGACCACCAUGUCUCACUUAUCCGAUAAAGAACUCUUUGAGUUGAACAAGAAGGCGGCCACUGAGGGCUUCAGAAUCAAGCCGAGAGUCAACUACAACACUGUCGGCGGUGUCAAUGGCCCGCUCGUGAUUCUUGAAAACGUCAAGUUCCCCCGCUACAAUGAAAUCGUCAACCUCACCCUUCCAGACGGCACCAUCAGGGCUGGGCAGGUCUUGGAGGUCAGAGGCGACCGUGCCAUCGUGCAGGUCUUCGAGGGUACCUCCGGGAUUGAUGUGAAGAAGACGCGUGUCGAAUUUACGGGCCAGAACUUGAAGAUUCCUGUGUCUGAGGACAUGUUGGGACGUGUGUUUGACGGCUCCGGGCGCGCCAUCGACGGUGGCCCUAAGGUGUUUGCAGAGGACUACCUCGACAUCAACGGGUCGCCAAUCAACCCGUACGCGCGUAUCUAUCCGGAGGAAAUGAUCUCCACGGGUAUCUCCGCCAUUGACACCAUGAACUCCAUUGCCAGAGGCCAGAAGAUCCCAAUCUUUUCCGCCUCCGGGUUGCCGCACAACGAGAUCGCCGCCCAGAUCUGCAGACAGGCCGGUUUGGUAAGACCAACCAAGGACGUGCACGAUGGGCACGAGGAGAACUUUUCCAUCGUGUUUGCCGCCAUGGGUGUCAACUUGGAAACGUCCCGUUUCUUCAAGCAGGAUUUCGAAGAAAACGGGUCGUUGGAGCGCACUUCCUUGUUCCUCAACUUGGCCAACGAUCCUACGAUCGAGAGAAUCAUCACCCCGCGUCUUGCGUUGACCACCGCCGAGUACCUCGCGUACCAGACCGAGAGACACGUGUUGACAAUCUUGACCGACAUGUCUUCCUACGCCGAUGCCUUGCGUGAGGUCUCUGCCGCCCGUGAGGAAGUUCCAGGUCGUAGAGGGUAUCCGGGUUACAUGUACACCGAUUUAUCCACCAUCUACGAGCGUGCGGGGCGUGUGGAGGGCCGCAACGGGUCCAUCACCCAAAUUCCGAUCCUCACCAUGCCGAACGACGACAUUACCCACCCGAUUCCGGAUUUGACCGGGUACAUUACCGAGGGCCAGAUCUCUGUCGAUCGCCAGUUGCACAACAGAGGUAUUUAUCCACCAAUCAAUGUGCUUCCAUCGUUGUCGCGUCUCAUGAAGUCCGCCAUCGGUGAGGGCAUGACCAGAAAGGACCACGGUGACGUGUCCAACCAGUUGUACGCCAAGUACGCCAUUGGGAGAGAUGCCGCCGCCAUGAAGGCUGUAGUGGGUGAGGAAGCCUUGUCUACCGAAGACAAGUUGUCCCUCGAGUUCUUGGAGAAGUUUGAAAAGACUUUUAUUGCCCAGGGCGCCUACGACAAUCGUACCGUGUUUGAGUCCUUGGACCAGGCCUGGUCCUUGUUGAGAAUCUAUCCAAAGGAGAUGUUGAACAGAAUCUCGCCAAAGAUCUUGGACGAGUUCUACGAUAGAGAGAGAGAUGAGGACGAGGACGACAAGGAAGUCCGCGCUGACACCGGCGAGUCUUUGAUUUAGACCAUACUUUAUUUCUUUUUACGUAUGCCAUAGUAUUGUGAAGGUGUAGGAGCGAGCUUCGAUAAGGAUAUGUGAAGAUCAGAGUCUUGGCGAAGCCUAUGUGUAAACUUGUGUUAGUAAGAUCUGGCUCUUUGGGGGCUAGGCUGUUGUAUGAACGUCGAAGAGCCACAUUCCAGCUCUAAAAUCUACCCUCGUUGUUUCAUUUAUUUACAUUGAAAUGUAUUCUUAGUUAUAUCGAAACUCAUCAACAAGAAUUCUUC